AUGAAUGCUUUCAAAUACGUUAUUGAAUUUUUGAAAGUGAAUGAAUGUUCNAUUUGUGUAGACUCGCUGAAAUCUGCAAAAGCUGCAGCGAAGGGAGGUGCUAAUCGAAUUGAAUUAUGCAGUGCACUGAAACUUGGUGGAUUGACACCUACAACAGGUCUAUUGAAAACGAUCAAACGAGACCCUGAGAUCAAAAUCGAUAUAUAUUGCAUGAUCAGACCUCGGGGUGGGGAUUUUAUAUAUGAUGAAUAUGAAAUGGAGACGAUUUUAGAAGAUAUUAAAGUUUUGAACGAGUUUGGUGCCGAUGGCUUUGUUUUUGGUGCGCUGACAAAGUAA